AUGGAUCGGAGCCAGCUACAAAAGUUUGCUCAGUACCUCAUUGCUUCACAUCCAAACAAAGUUCUUCCGAGCGCUCAGCAAUUGGCUGAUGAGUUAUUGCAACCGGAGUCCAGUAUCAAUAAAACCUCGGAUGCUGCCUCAUCCUCGAACAGCUCGAAUGGUGUUGCUAACUCAAUCCUUCAUGGUUCGAUCAGUCGUUCCGCUUCUGAUCUUGGUCACUUUGAUGCUCCCGGAUCCGCCGUGCUCGGUUCGGAAACUGACACCAUGCAAGCUGAUGGAGCAAAUCCAAAUCUAGUCGUACAGACCGAGAGUGGUUUGAAUUGGUUGUUGCGCUAUCGUCGACUGAUGCUGAAUCAAACUCUUUUGGGUGGACCAGUUUCUUGUCCAAUUAUUCAAUCUGGCGGACCAUUGUCCUCAUUGCACCUAAAUGUCUCACCGGAAACAACAAAUGCAACCCACUGGUUUGCGUCACAGACCGGACCGCUGCUCAACUCACUGAGUUCCGACAUGUUGACUUGCGGUUCAGCAUCAUGGCAUCAUGGUUCCGGUGCACAAAUCGCAGCCAUGUUCGCUAAGGUGCGUGAGCUGUUGGCGAAGCGAGACUCCAACGGACCGCGUUUGCUUAGUCUCAUCACCGAGGAGCUGUUACGCUGCCCAAAACUACCGCUGCUUAAAGCUCGCCGAACACAUCGCACCACAGAUAUGCCAGGCCGUAUGUCCAUGCCCGGACUAACUCGCUCGCUCUCGGCUCAACAACUCAGCCCCAAUCCUUCUCCGGAGUCAAACCUCGGAACAAAUUCAUUCUCUCAUCCAAGUUCUAUUUCCUCUAUUCAAUUACCUACUUGGACUACUCGCUUAUGGGAAGAAGUGUGUGUCUUGUGGACGUGUGUAGUGCUUAAUCCCGAUUGCAGUGCUGAGGCUAGACGACAAUGGCGCAAUCGUUUAUUGUCUUGGGUUCGCGCUCAUCGCUGUCCACGUGAUGAGGCCUACGCAGUACCUGGGCACUACUUCGCUACUGUUCGGGAUCAAUCAGAACUCGAGGAAGAUAUGAACAUGAUCACCUCACAGGUAUCUUCGUCCACUUCGCAACCGCAACCGUCUGGUCGUAUGAGCAGUCGUCGUGCAUCAGUUUUCCAACUGCCUCUCGAAGCCAGUUUUCUGUCUUGGAACGACGAUUGCUUGCGUCGUCUAGUCGGUUUAGAAAGUAUGAAAAAGUGUGACGCCACCAGUGAUCUGGAUGUGACAUUCGAUUCGCCUCCAGGACGCAGUUCUGUUGAGAUGGACGAAACAGGUAGCGUAACAAGUGAACCAUUUCGCCGGCCAUCAUCGAACACUUCACGUCGUGGUCCAGUUGGGCAAGGACGACCGCACACAUCUCGGGAUUGCCAGUGUCCCUAUUGCGAACAAACUGGACAGCUAAACGAACCGUUUCCCUUAUUAUGUUUACGUGUGGCUGCUCUUCGCGCCAACGGUUAUCAAAUGCAAGCUUUGCGUCUGGCCGUGUUCAUCAGUCAGCGCCUGCUCCGUGGAUUCAAAUCCAAAGCAGCCAGUGCGAACAACUCCUUAGUGUCGUGUUUAAUGCGUAACAGUGCAUGCAAAUCUACGGCGUUUUGGAAUGGUGCACAUAACAGCGAAGCAAGCGUGCGUCGAUCACUAUUCGCGGGAAGCAGCGUCAGUGGCCGAGUGCCCACGAUGAACGGUUACGUCAACCCUCCGCCACUGUACAACAACGCUGGCCGUUAUACCCCAACCAAUGGUAUGCUCUCGCCGUCCUCGACCAUAUCGAAUCAUUCGAAAUAUCAUUCGUCUGGACGAUUGCCUUCUCCCCGACCGUCGUCUAUAUCUCCUCCUAUCUCUGCGGCGAUUCCACGACCUGGUUCACGCAGACAUGUCCUCUCUCCAGGACCCAAUUCCAGUCCAAUGUGUUCCAGUCCGGCAAAUCGCAACAAUCUUGGUUCCGGUCCACCUGCCUCUGUGUACAAAUCUAUUCCACCACCUCAUCCUUCUGCUCCGUCUCUGCCAUCCUAUACCACUCAUUCUCCUUCAUCUGUCUCCUCGUUUCCUCACAUAAUGCAUGCAUACCCGAAUGCGCCGUCUCCUGUCCCCCAGCCUCCUCUUCCACCACCACCGUUUCAUCAUUAUUCCCCUUACCAUUAUCCGCACCAUUUUUCACAGUCAAAUCCCUCACCAUAUGCAUUUAGUACUGCAAAUUAUCUUCCCAAUAGUAGUCGACAAUUAGUUUCCCCAAAACUCCCCGGACGCCCGACUCCUCAUCAUACGAUUCCACAUCGUUCUUUAAGUCUGAACGGUGUGAACAAUAGUGGUAUAAAUGGCAAUGUUUCCUUACCCUAUCCAUCCGUUUCCGGCCUUGGAACUAUGCCGGAAUUCAACAGUGAUGCAUUGCAUCUGCAAUCCGCCGCUACCAGUUCCCCGGUUUGUCCAAGCCACACCACAGACUCAGCGUGGAUCGGAUUGCCUGGUCGACCAAUCAUUUGCCUAGUGGAGUGCUUGCUGGACGCUGCAGCCAUGGUGGUAGAAUCAAGUACCCAACUAGAACGGCAUCAGCAACACCUAUCGCAACAUCAUCGACCAACAACAGAGACCACAUCGUACGGUCAGCUGGAGUCAGCCUCGUUCUAUUUGUGCCUUGCAGUUAAAGUAAGUCUGGUUGCCCUAUUCCAACAACGCCGUCUAUCUGGAUCCAUCAAUCGUCUUUUGGCUUCUCAAACUCAAGAGGCUCGGUUACUUGCUUGGCUUAGUACAAUGCCAAAGGAUGCUGUCACCUUGAUGGCGGUGUGUGAAACAAUGGCUCAUUUACUUGGCCCUCCGGCAUUAUCACGCUUGAUACCCCGGGCCGAACCUAACCAUACACUCAGUCUGUCUGUUGGUGGGCAUUUACUACCCUCACCAGCAUGGUGGUGGUGGUGGUGGUCUUCCUUGGGUCCUAUCACCCAUCCGGAUUCAUAUCCUGUCCAUGGGAUUGCUCACUUCGUAUUGGACUAUGUCCUUGAAGCGCGAACGCAGACUCCGUUGUCUUUCAUAAACAACUUUUGGACUGCGUCGAGUUCUCCCGCACUAUCCGGUGCGUGCCCUAAUCUUGGAUUGUCCUCACCUUCGUCUGCUUGUACUGGUCCGACCAUGUCCGCCCCGUCCGCGAUUCGCGUGGAUGAUCUAUUGUUCGCUGUGGUAACACGUGCCAUACGAUUCUCCGUUCUCGAACCAGUGUCCGACAGUAUGGGUCUCAUCCCGGUCAAUGCACGUCCUCCUAAUCCACACUCACAUCAUAAUCACGUUCCUCCUCCAUCACCUUAUCACGCUGUGCAUCUUCCGUACCAUCACUAUCCUUCUCCACCUGGUGCGUCUCCACUAUUUACCUCUCGUCCAACUGAACGUUCCCCUUUUCCCACUCGAUACUGGACGACGGGACUAGGAUCUGCUGAUGUAGAAUCUGCGUUGGCUGUGAACACAGAAAUAAGCGAGCUGAGCGCUGUAGAUCCUACCACGUUGUCUUCCACUCGCGCGGAGACUCCAGAGUCUCAUGGCGUUUCAACCACACCACUAUCUUCUGCAGGUUUGCACCAUCUCCCUACUCCUUCGUCUCAUCUCCGCCCCAUGGAACCGGAUCGAUGGCCCCUGUCAUCUGCAACUUCUACGAUUCCAUAUCCACCGUUUCCAUCAGCAUUUGCUAGCGCAGUACAAGCCUGUAUAAAGCUACUAGAUAUUCCAUAUACUCAGUCUGCCUCGUGUAUGCCUAUCCCUCCAGUGAUGUCUACCCCGGCCUACUUAGCUUCUCGUACCCUUCCCUCUCCAAUCACUUGUAUACCUGAGCCGAACUCGUUAUCGUCUCCGCAUCAACCAACACCAUCUAUCCCAUCAGUGUCGCAACCACAACAAUUACCACCACCACCACCACUCCUACAGAUAGGCACUAUCUUUGCUCAUUCAAACACUCCGGUACGUCGCUGUUUGGAAGGAAUGGAGCUACAGCAAACUCAUUUAGCUGUUGCUCUUGUGCGUUUAUCAAAGUCUUCCUUGCUCCGAUUGGAUCAAAUCGUGCAAAUAUUCGAUCGACACAUCCAUUCAGCAGUCAGUUUGCUGGCUAUUUCUCAGCAAAUUUUCGCAGAGGCCGUAGGCUUAGAAUCGAUGCUUAGUGGUGUACGCAAAUAUGACUCGAUGCCCUUGUUCAACCCUAGUCUGUUCACCGGUUUCACUCCCGGGGUAUGCCGACUAGGAUCAACCGCACCGUCGACCAGCUCCAUUACUGCCGGCGCCUACUCACCGGAUCGAAUCAAUCUAAUUUGUACAGCCUUUCACCUGGCCUUACUGGUUGUAUUGCGCACCUUGACACGCACUGUACAUUGGCGCCGCCGAGAGAUGCUUGCUUGGGCCGUAUCCACUGCGCUACACGUUGGACCAUCUGCAUGUCUUUAUUUGGUCACCAAUUGGGCCAUGUAUGUCAGUCCUCGAGAAGCGGUGAAUUGGUUAGCACCUGCGUUGAUUGCUGUGAUUGGCAAAUCAGAGUCCACUUUACCCGGUCUCGUCGGUCACGCUCCCUCAAACGCGAAGAAUAUCAACCCGAAUACAGGCAAAUCAACAACAUCUUUCGCUUCGCGUCACCAUGCGAACUCAAUCACUAUUGCUGCUCAAAUGCUAGGUAGUGCAGUGCCCUAUUCAGCUACGGCUCGGGAACAUAUCUUGGCGGCUGUUCGUCACAUGGCACUUCAGGCCGCAGCAAAAGAUCCCGUCAACUGUGCUUUGCCUGCACUAACUUUGGCCGAACGCAACGCAUCGGCCUUCGAUGCUGUCUAUCGUCUUGUGUUGCAUUCCGCCGAGUCCGGAGGGCUGGGUCCCGUGCAACUGUUCUCUCUCGCACGCUACAUGGACAGCAAUUCUGUACCGAUUGCUUAUAACCCCGCUGCAAUGUAUCAUCCAAUGGGCAACGGACCGGCGUCAUCAACUUCCGUUUGUCCGACCAUUCCAUCGGGUAUAAAUCACGCCAAACUACUCAGUCUGGAUCGGCCACCUUUAAAAGCACUGUUGGACGCGACCAUCAAUGCAUUCGUCACGGCGACACACACGCGAUUGGCCAACAUAAGUCCGCGUCAGUACGCAGAAUUUGUUGAUUUUUUGGCUCGUGCUCGGGACACAUUCCAUCUGCUCCGACCAGACGGGCCGUCUCAAUUCCGGAGUCUUGUGGAAUGCCUGCGUCAAACGUAUCGUGGCAAACGCAAAUUAGUCUCCCUUCUAUCCGAACGAUUCGGCUAA